UGGCGGCAGUUAUUGCUGUUUUCAAUGGGUUAUUGUGGUAGUACACCUGAAUUUUGUGAUCCGAAUCAAGGCUGUCAAAGUGGAUAUGGUUUUUGUGACCUUUCAAAUGACAGUAAUAUUGAUGAUGGAAUACAAGUUAUCGACACUUGCCAAAAUCCUUAUGCCCUAGCUGGUGGUGGUCCACGCUCUUGGACGAAUGACUUGCUCGAUAAACUAGAUGAAUAUGGCAUAAAAGCUACAAUCUUUGUUAAUGGUCACAACGAAAAUGAUUAUUGUAUUUACGAUUUCGCAGAAAUUUUGCAACGAGAUAAAUUGGUAAUUUGGGAUGUGGAUACUGAAUAUUCUAUUGACCGAGUCACUGAAUCAGAGAGUGAGGAAAAUUUUUCUAAUGGGAUUAAUUCUCAAGCAAUUGGCUAUGGGUAUUGGUUUGAUACGGUGGCAAGGUGUAAUGGAGAUUGA